AGUGCUGAAGUGCUGAAGGUCAGCUCGCUCUAGCUAUGACGUCAUGGCGGUUCUGUGGUCCUGUGGUCCUGUUGUCUCGGCCAAGUUCUGCGUAUGACCCACCCAAAACUUUUCGUUACUCUUUGGUAAGAUGUCCGUGGUGACGUCACGAACAGAAUGCUGCCGUGAGAACCGUGAGAACAGAGAAGCGACGUCAGUAAAUGUUUGUGCGAUUUGUACACAAUUAAUAGCAGAAGUGCCAAGAACUCUGCUACAGAGAGCUAAAGAAACAUUUCCUGUUGUGAGAGGAAGGAUGAACUAUACGAAUUCAGAGAAGCUUUUAGUGGGUCCAUAUGGUGAGAUAUACCCAGCAAGUCAUGAUGCAAACCAGGCCAUGAAUAUAAAAGCUGAGGAAGUCUCAGACUCAGAAGAGAAAGCUGAUCCUCAGCAAAUAACAAUUCAGGAGAUAAAGGCUGAACCUGAGCACUGUAGAAAUUCAGAGAACGUUUUAGUGGAUACAUAUGGCGAGACAUACCCAACACCUCAUAAUGCAAAUCAGGCCAUGAAUGUAAAAGCUGAAGCAGUCUCAGAUGCAGAAGAGGAAGAGGAUCCUCUUGCAGUAACAUUUCCAGAACUAAAGGCUGAACCUGAGAACUAUGGGGAUUAGUCACUACUGCCCGCCUAACAGUCUCAACAUUCUCAGGUGUUCGGACAGUUUGUGCACCUCCAGGCAGUUUGUUCUUUAGUGCUGAGCCAGUUGAUAUGAAGCUUACAAUCCACAAAAAGAUCGUUGUCCUACUUGAAACUUUACCAUGAUGACCCACAUUAAAGUGCACAUGGAAAUGUCUCUGAGUCAGGGUAACAGUGUCACCAGUUUUAAAAAAAAAUGUCUCAACAACACAAGCACGAUGUUCCAUGGUCCACUGUUCCAUGUCUACUGAAAUGGUGUACUUUGAGCUGUUGAAAGUCAGUGAGCCCUCUCUUCCCACACCACCAUUGCCCAGACUAGUGUCAGCUUAAAAAUGUCAGGUUUCCCUCCCAGACCCUGUACAAAAUUAUGCAUUCUUGGCAGUUAUACAUAAGCAAACAACUCGCUACACUCUCAAC